UGAGGGAGGAACCGAAAGAGAGGAGGAGGAGAAAGUGAGCCUGACUCUUCCAACACUGCCCGUGCUGAGGAGUGUCAGCUGAUUGUUGCAGGAGGAGGCGGGGGAACCUAGACUAUCGGCAGAGAAGGACAAGGUGCGAGCGAAGGGGAAUACAGGAGAGAGAGAGAGAGAGAGAGAGAGAGAGAGAGAGAGAGAGAGAGAGAGACACACACACAAGGCGCAGCGGGCUGGAGAGAGAGAGAGAGAGAGACCCUCUCUACCCUCUCCCCGGGACGGCCGGACACAAGAUGAAAAGCCAAAUCAGCAACGUCGUGUCUGACUUCUUCUUUGAGUACGAGACCCAGCGGCAGGUGCUGGUGCGGAACCGGCGGGUCGGGGUGGUCUGCCGACUGAUCCAGCUGGGGGUCCUAGGCUACAUCAUCGGGUGGGUCUUCAUCUAUGAGAAGGGCUACCAGUCGACCGACACGGCGGUCAGCUCCGUCUACACCAAGAUGAAGGGGGUGGGCUACACCAACAGGUCCGGGCUGGAGCAGAUCUGGGACGUGGCCGACUACGUCUUUCCGUCUCAGGGGGACGCCUCUUUCGUGGUAAUGACCAACUUUAUACUUACUGAAAACCAGACCAUGGGAAAAUGUCCGGAGCUCCCUGGCAAGGACAACUGCUCCACGAACACCGAAUGUGAAGAAGGGAGAUUCAAACGUACGGGAAAUGGUCACAUGACAGGGCUCUGCCUGAAACAAACGGGCACCUGUGAGGUGUUAGCGUGGUGUCCAGUGGAAAAUGACGCGACCAUCCCAGACCCUCCUCUGUUGAUGUCUGCUGAGAACUACACCUUGUUCAUCAAGAACUCCAUCACCUUCCCGCUAUUUGAUGUCACUAGGAGUAACUUGGUGGAGGGCAUUGACGGCAAAUACAUCAGCAAGUGUCUCUACCACCCGGACAACGACCCGCUCUGCCCCAUCAUGAGGCUCGGAGACAUCGUCAAGUUUUCCGGCUUCAACUUCACCACCAUAGCCAAAGUGGGUGGGGCCAUCGGCAUCUUGGUGGACUGGACCUGCAACCUGGAUCGGGCCGUGAGGCACUGCAAGCCUUUUUACACCUUCCACGGUCUCUAUGGCAACCCAGGGGAGACGGACAGGGCCAGGGCAUCGGUGGGCUACAACUUCAGAUAUGCCAAGCAUUAUAUGGAAGAAGGGCAGGCUAAAAGAACGCUUAUCAAGGUGUUUGGCAUCAGGAUAGACAUCAUUGUGCAGUCACUGGCUAGAAAAUUCGACAUCAUACCAACACUGACAGCAAUAGGCUCCGGAGUGGGAAUCUUUGGAGUGGCAACUAUAGUCUGUGACUUAGUGCUUCUUUACGUACUACCAAAGAGAGAAUUUUACAAGAACAUGAAAUAUAAAUACACAGAUACACAUCAACAGGACGUUGACUCAGAAGAAGGUAGCACAGAGAAGGAAGCAGAUACCAUAGAGAAAGAAGCAGCCAAAGAGUGACCGAGGCAUCUGCAGAAGAGUUACCGUGGAUAACAAUAACACACACACACACACACACACACACACACACACACCAAACAAAAAAAUGCAAACACCUUUACCGUCAUUGGCAAUGAUAUGAUUGAUUGAUUUCAACAAAUUGUAAAUAUGUAAAAAAAUAAAUAUAUAUAUAUAUAUAUAUAUAUACAAGCAGGGAAUUGAGUUGUACAUUUAGUUUAUCAACGAUUAUUGUAUAUUAUUUUUGCAGUCUUUCGUAAGUUAUUGUCCUUGAAGAAACGGAUAUGCCAUCAACAAAAAACGAUACUCCCUCGUCAAUGGGUUACUGUGAUCCUUUUUGUGUGUCGAGACACCUAGACAAACAGAUUUGUGCAGCUCAGCUGUGUAUGCGCGUGUGUUUGUACUUCUUUGGGUGUAGCUCAGGUCAGUUUUGGUUGGGUGUAACCUCUAUGCGAGCGUGUCCGUCUGAACUGAAGCGACAGCACACGGUUUAGUGGCACGACCUUCCCACACACCGCCCCUCCCACACACCGCCGCCACAAGUCUGUGGUCCUCUGUUUACUGUCUCUGUGGGUGAAUUUAUUUUCUUAAAGCCACCCUUUAGUGCAAGGGGUGUCAAGCUAGGGGGUCCACAAAGAAAUCGGAUACUGACCGCUAACUGUCUUAUAUUGAGGUACUUUUACCCCACAAUAAUUGCUGUGAAGAGAUAAUUUAUCCCUCAUGUUGAAUGUUGAUCGACCAUCCCCAGAUAUCUUUUUCAGAGUCCUGUACACAUCUGUCUCAUCCGAUCAUAUGAAAGGUUGUUUUCAUCCGACCUCAUGAAACAUAUAUCCUCAUGUAAGCAUCCCUGUGCUAUUUAUCGUCGGUGUGUCUCAUCAAGUGGGCGGGCUCACAACAGACAACCUGAGCGGGUAUAGUGUUGACGAUAAAGUUACGGGUUACAAUUUCCCUGCAGCAACACACGUCUCGGUCGACCUCCCUGAUGGAGGAUAGCCCAACCCCUAGUAAAUAGUAGGCUGUCAGAGAAAACCGUAGAGCGUUUAUAUAAGUGAUUCCAAGUUCGCAGUGUACCCUAUUUUGAUGUUGCAAUAAGUGGUGGAUGGGAGAAAUGCAGUGAGCCAACAACGUGUUCCGUCGUUUAAUGAUCCCGCUGUGUUAGUUUGUGUGUUACACACUGUUUUGGUCCACUGGUUGUUUGUCAAGCGUUCUUAUGAAUACAAAUAAAUUGAAAGUGAAAAUCAAA